AUGCCUCCUGCCACCGCUGAAAGCGCGUCGCCAAUUGGCAUUGCCAAUUUGCCAAACCAGCGACACAAGAUUGUUGCUAAGAGGGGUGCUGCCUUUACUAUUAUGGUUGCUGGUGAAUCUGGAUUGGGCAAGACUACCUUCAUCAACACCCUUUUCUCGACCACCAUCAAGAACUAUGCCGACCAUAAGCGACGACAUCAGAAGCAGGUCGACAAGACUGUGGAGAUCGAGAUCACCAAGGCCGAACUGGAGGAGAAGUUCUUCAAAGUCCGCCUAACUGUCAUUGAUACCCCAGGUUUUGGUGACUAUGUCAACAACCGAGAUUCUUGGAUGCCCAUUAUCGAGUUCUUGGAUGACCAGCACGAGUCGUACAUGCUUCAGGAGCAACAACCCCGCCGCCAGGACAAGAUUGACCUUCGUGUCCAUGCCUGCCUAUACUUCAUCAGACCUACUGGCCACACCCUGAAGCCUCUGGACAUCGAAGUGAUGAAGCGACUGUGCUCCAGAGUCAACUUGAUCCCUGUUAUUGCCAAGGCUGACACUCUGAGCCCUGUUGACCUAGCCAAGUUCAAGGCUAAGAUUCGUGCCGUUGUUGAGGCUCAGAGCAUCAAAAUCUACCAGCCCCCGAUCGAGGAAGACGAUGAGGCCGCCGCCCAGCACGCACGCAGUCUUAUGGCCGCCAUGCCCUUCGCUGUUAUUGGCUCGGAGAAGGAUGUCAAGACUGGAGAUGGCCGCAUCGUGAAGGGCCGUCAGUACUCGUGGGGUGUCGCUGAGGUUGAGAACGAAGAGCACUGUGACUUCAAGAAGCUGCGCUCGAUCCUCAUCCGCACGCACAUGCUUGACCUGAUCCACACCACUGAGGAACUGCACUACGAAGCAUACCGUGCUCAACAGAUGGAGACGCGGAAGUUCGGAGAGGCUCGCCCUCGCAAGCUGGACAACCCCAAGUACAAGGAGGAGGAGGAAGCUCUUCGCAAGCGCUUUACUGAGCAAGUCAAGAUCGAGGAGCAGCGAUUCCGACAAUGGGAACAGAAGCUCAUCGCUGAGCGUGACCGCCUUAACAAGGAUCUUGAGCAGACCCAUGCUCAAAUCAAGCAGCUCGAAAACGAGCUUGAGGCAAUGCAAGGCAGCGUCGCUCGCAGCGGUCGUCGUUAA